UGCGCGAAACUGCGAGUCAGUAAAGACGAGAUCACCACGACGACUUUCUAGUUUAGAAAUUAAGAGUGAACGCACCAGCAUGAACUCUUUUCCCUUUUUUUCUUUCAUUUUCAUCUUCUUUGCUGCCCGUAUAGCAGGCUUCGUUAUAAUCGAUGGCGAUUUACAGCAGGCCUUUAAUGAAAUGUCAGAAGGCGUUGGAAAUUUCCAGUAUGGAGUGAAAAGUUUAUACCAAAAGUCUUUAGAAGCGAAAAAGGAUUCAAGAAAUGGAGCAUCGGUCUUGAUGGGUGAAGAUGAUGAAGAAGAAUUAGGUGGAACUGGAAUCGAUCCUGGUAUUGUAUUUGCAAUUAACAAAACAGCAGGUGCAACGUCGAAAGUUUUCCAAGAAGUUUUAAACCGCAUUGUCAUCAAUACUGGAAUGAACAAAUUGGGAAUACCGGUGAUUAGUGAAGAUUCAGAAUUGAUGGAUGCCAUGAAAUCGCAAAUGGCGACUUUUCUCAUGGGAACCUCUGUAGCUGCAGCUGCCGCUGCCAACAUCAUGAACAUGUGAACUGUGGAAUUGUGGCUACCUGAUCAUUUAGAAGAGGAGGAGCCAUGGCAGAAGAAAAUAAAGAAGAAAUUUAUAUUUCAAUAAUGUUCCUUCUAUAAUUAUGCACCAUUUCACUAUAAUAAUAAAAGAUCUUUCUAAAAUCAUAAGCCUGAUUAAAUAUU